AUGCGACUAUUUUUAAGGCUAAUCAACGUUUUCUCAAUCGUUCAGAACAAAUUUUGCUACGCUUAUUCAAUUUCUGAGCCAACAUUCAACGCUUUGGACUCAAUGAAACAUGGGGUUGCUGCUGAGUUUUUGGAAAGGCUUUCCGUCUUUUCCACUGGGAACAAUCAUUUGUGGUAUCAGCAUUUUGGACUCACAAUUCCUCAUCUCUCUUCAUAUGAAUCAGGUCAGGGCAUUCAGCGGAUACAUCUCAAAGCAAAACGAGUGUAUUCUGGUGAUGAAAAGCAUGCAAUUUACCAGUUUCCACCUAUACCACAACAGAAAAUUAUCUGCGAGUUGAUGAUUAAUGAGCAAAAACAGCGCUACAAUGGGAUUUGUUAUGUUGCAAAGAAGAUAUUAGGAGGAAUUUUAAGUCUUCAAAAUCCUGGACUAAAAUUGAGAACUGACGAAUCAUUGCAAAGUCCGGAAUUGGUACUCAAUUUGCGAGUUCGACGAAAAAACGAGAUUGAGUGUCAACGAGAGAACGAUUACUCGAGUUGCGUACUCGAUCACUUUCUUUUGCCUACUGGUCUCUUGCCUGGGAUUAUUGCUCCGAAAUUUGUGAACAUGACCUUCUGUAGACCGCGGAACAUGAUGGCACUUUUCUCUGCAUGGCCUCAAACUUCUGGUCUACAGAAUUGCCGAAACGAACCCGAGUGUCAGUUGACAAUCACUCCGGAGAAGCUGGAGUUCUUUUGUAUUCCGGUGGGAAAGCCAAUUCACCUCGAUGUCACCCUCACAAAUCCCACUUCCGAGAAUCAAACGUAUAAGGUGAAAUGCACAUCGAAUGAGGUGUUCCGAGUGACGUCACCCUAUGGAAUCCUCGCUUCCAAAGCGUCAUUCAAAAUUCGAUUCUACUUCCAGAAUAAAUCAAUUCCGGAUCCGACCAAAGUUUGCCACUAUUUCGCCAUCUAUCACAUGAAAUGCCCGCCCACAACAGUCCAAACAAAGGUUAGAGAGUUAUGGGCGGGAAAAGAAACGAAACCGGAUGGAGUGAAGCGACUUCCCGUCACUUUUUUCAACAAA